AUUGAAUUCAAUUCAAAAAGUCAAUCAUAUAAUUAAAAAAACAAAUAAGAAAUACUUAAAAUGAAAUUUCUAGUCUUCGGUGUCCUAUUACUGACUGUUGCUUACGUUUGUGAGUCGGCAUCAAUCGGAAGCCGAUYUCUCGAUGACGACGUCAAGAAACAGAUCCUAACCCAGGUAUCCAAUCUGUUAGAUCAGGCGCGCAAUGCCAUCGACACACUCAAGAAGAGCGGCAAAUCUGAACUAAAACAUGGACUCGAAAAAGCUAUUGAAUUGGCAAAGAGUAUCAAUGAUAAACUUAAAGCACUUAAUCCAACCACAGAAGUCGGUAAAUCCAUAUUCAAAGGCGUGUCAGUCAUAGCUCAGGAAGCAGUAGUCUGGUUGGAAUCGGAGCUCAAGAAAGUUCCGCCAAUGGAUGACAUCAACGACGAUAUCAAAGACCUGGUACUCAAACAAGUCAGCGAUAGUAUCGAUCAAACGCGUAAAGCAAUCGAUGAUUUGAAAAAGUCUGGUAAACCAGAGCUCAUUAACGGAUUGAAGAAGACUAUUGCUUUCGUUCAGGACAUUGAAAAACAAUUACAAGACUUGAAGCCAACCACUAAUAUCGGUAAAGCAUUGUUAGAAGGAAUCCAAAAGUUGGCCACAAUUGGCGAGAAUGCCCUACAAAAUGAAUUGAAGAAAAUUCCUCCACAAUAGACAACAUUUGU